AUGUCUACGAUAGGAUUUGCUUUCAAGAGGUUCUGGCAGAGUGAGACAGGGCCUAGGACGGUACACUUCUGGGCUCCUACUUUGAAAUGGGGUCUGGUCUUCGCCGGUCUGUCAGACCUUAACAGGCCGGUAGACAAGCUGAGCGGCACACAAAACCUGUCGCUGCUCGCUACGGCGCUGAUAUGGACGAGAUGGUCCUUCGUGAUAAAGCCAAAGAACUACUUGCUGGCGUCCGUGAACUUCUUCCUGGGAUGCACCGCAGGUGUGCAGAUCGGAAGACUGAUGAACUACAGGUUGACCAACGGAGACACAAUGUCACAGGCUAUCGGGUACUUGUUCCACGGGAAGCCCGCCAACACCAUCGCUUCCAGCGGGAACGGUAAGAAACCUGAACAACUAAUUGCAUAG